AUGCGAAUUCAUACUGGGGAGAAACCCUUUCAAUGUGAUAUCUGUAAAAAAUGUUUGUCUCAUAAAUAUAGUUUAGCACUUCACAAGAAAUUUGUACAUGAUGGAGAAAAACCUUACAAAUGUGAUGUUUGUAAUAAAUGCUUUAGUUUGUCAACAGGUCUUAAUAAUCAUUUGAAAAUACAUACUGGAGAAAGACCGUACGAAUGUGAACUUUGCAAAAAGAGCUUUAGUCAAAAAUAUGGUCUGCAAAUACACUCUAGAAUCCAUACUGGAGAGAAACCUUUCAAAUGUGAUGUUUGUGAAAAAUGUUUCCGCCAUGCAGCAGGUCUUCGAACUCACAAGAAAAUUCAUACUGGUGAGAAAUCUUAUAAAUGUGAUGUUUGUAGAAAGUCUUUUAUCAGUAGAGCAUAUCUCAAUAUUCAUAUGAGAACACAUACUGGAGAAAAACCUUACCAAUGUGGUGUUUGUAAAAAGUGUUUUAGCCGAUCAACUUUUCUUAAGGUUCAUAUGAAAAUACAUACUGGAGAGAGACCUCAUGAAUGUGUCAUUUGUAAGAAGUCUUUUCAAAUGAAGAGAAAUCUUGUCGAUCACAUGAAAACACAUACUGGAGAAAAGCCUUUCAAAUGUGAUAUUUGUGACAAAUAUUUUAGCACGGACAAUAACCGAAAAAGUCACUUCAGAAUCCAUACUGGAGAGAAACCUUACAAAUGUGAUGUUUGUGAAAAGAGUUUUAGACAGGUCUUUACUCUUCAACGUCACCAACAAAUACACAAAAAAUAG